AUGGGGGCAGUGGGUUGCAUAAUGGAAGGCAGUGGCCUAACUGAACUGUUCAAUACUGUCUAUGCAGUUAACAGCACUGAGAUUAUGACAGGACACGCUUAUGCUAGGGCUGUCAGAGGGCACACAUUGACUGUUAUACCCCUCGGUAAGCAGCAGCACGAACAGUAUAUUGGCCCGGCAUAUGACCCAUCGCGCGAUCUAUCGCCGAACCUCCCUUCGUGCGAUUCGUCCAUGGGGGAUCCAGACCACAGCAUCUCUAGCGGCAGUUCUUGCAGCACUCCGUCCAAUAAUAACCAUCAAUCUUGCGGCUCCGAGGUCUGUAGGCCACCGCACAUAACCUCUAGCCACCCGCCGCAGCAAAGGCCUAUAACUCCGGCUGAUCUCUGUAGGCCGCAUUCUUCAUUUGAACAGCACAUACCAAAGAUCGAACCACUGCAGUCUUCGACGCCUCCUUCUUCGCCUGCUGCAAGUUGUGCAGAGGAACAUGGUGCUAUUUGUGCUGGCUGUGGAAUGAAAAUAGCCGAUAGGUAUUAUCUUCAAGCAGUGGAAAGGAGGUGGCAUACUUCUUGUCUACAGUGUUACCAGUGCAGACGGACAUUAGAGGAAAAUCUUCCUCCGACUGAAGAAUCUGCACAACACUCUUACAGAGUUUAUUAUCAAUUGCAAACUUGGCUAAGUUAUUUAAAGAACGAGCUCGAUAACAAAAGUUCAAAGCAAUGGAAUUGGAACGAACGUGCAGGUAUACUCGUGUCCAAAUUUAACUCAGAAAGUUCUAACUUAAUUCCCGAAACAUUGCUUAAAAGUAUAAGUGGCUGCUGUGGAAGUGGAUGUAACAAACAAAGAUGUGGCUGCAGAAAACACGGCUUAAAAUGUACCGAAUUAUGCAUGAAAUGCCAUAAGAACGGCUCAAGUAGAGACAACCAAAUCUUUAAAGAACUAAGUGAUUCAGAAGAAAUAAUCGAUGAGCCAGUACAAAAUCUUGACAUCGAAAUUGAAGAAACCGAAGUUCCCUCGGAGUUUGAAGACUUAAUCGAUGAAGAACAACAACCACAAUGUAAAAGACCAAAAAUUAAUUAA